AUGGGUCAAGACAACGAGCCUAAAACCUACCGCUACAAUGAGACUCCUGUCUACACAGCCUCCAAUGGCUGUCCGGUCAUGGACCCCCAGGCUGCUCAGCGCAUCGGGCCCAAUGGUCCUCUGCUGUUGCAGGAUUUCCACUUGAUUGAUCUCCUGGCACACUUUGACCGCGAGCGCAUCCCUGAGCGUGUGGUCCACGCCAAGGGUGCUGGUGCCUACGGCGAGUUCGAGGUUACCGACGAUAUCAGCGACAUCACCACAAUUGACAUGCUGAAGGGUGUCGGCAAGAAGACUAAGAUGCUCACCCGUUUCUCAACUGUCGGUGGUGAGAAGGGAUCCCCCGAUAGUGCUCGUGACCCGCGCGGUUUCGCCAUCAAGUUCUACACCGAGGAGGGCAACUGGGACUGGGUGUUCAACAACACCCCAGUUUUCUUCCUGCGCGAUCCUGCCAAGUUCCCAAUCUUCAUCCACACCCAGAAGCGCAACCCCCAGACCAACCUCAAGGAUGCCACCAUGUUCUGGGACUACCUUUCCACCCACCACGAGGCUGUCCACCAGGUUAUGCACCUGUUCAGUGACCGCGGCACCCCAUACUCGUACCGCCACAUGAACGGUUACUCCGGCCACACCUACAAGUGGAUCAAGCCAGAUGGCACAUUCAACUACGUCCAGAUUCACUGCAAGACCGACCAGGGCAACAAGACCUUCACCAACGACGAGGCCACGAAGCUCUCCGCCGAAAACCCCGACUGGCACACCCAGGACCUCUUCGACGCCAUCCAACGCGGCGAGCAUCCCUCCUGGACCUGCUACGUGCAAGUCCUAAGCCCCGAGCAAGCAGAGAAGUUCCGCUGGAACGUCUUUGACCUGACCAAGGUCUGGCCGCAGAACGAAGUGCCCCUUCGCCGCUUCGGCCGCUUCACCCUGAACAAGAACCCGCAAAACUACUUCGCGGAGAUCGAACAGGCCGCCUUCUCCCCCUCGCACAUGGUCCCGGGCGCCGAGCCCUCCGCCGAUCCAGUCCUACAAUCCCGCCUCUUCUCCUACCCCGACACCCACCGCCACCGCCUGGGUGGCAACUACGAGCAGAUCCCUGUCAACUGCCCGCUCAAGGCCUUCAACCCUACCCACCGCGACGGCCCCAUGAACGUCAACGGCAACUACGGCGCCAACCCUAACUACCCCUCCACCUUCCGUCCCAUCGCCUACCAGCCCGUUAAGGCCAGUCAGGAGCACGAGAAGUGGACUGGCGCUGUUCUUGCUGAGCAGUACCCCGUUACCUCCGAGGACUACGUCCAGGCUAACGGCCUGUGGCAGGUUCUUGGCCGUACCCCCGGCCAGCAGGAGAAUUUUGUCAGUAACAUCUCUGGUCACCUGUGCGGUGCUCAUGAGCGCGUGCGCAAGGCUACCUAUGAUAUGUUCCGUCGUGUCAAUGCCGAUCUUGGUGCUCGCAUUCAAGCUGCUACUGAGGCUAAUGUGACUGGUGCCCCUCCUGCGCGUCUUUAG